CGCUCCGAUUUAGACUCGAAUGAUCGAAAGAAAUCGUCGAUUUCCUUCGAGAACCGCUCUGCCUCGUCAAUUCCAUAUGAAGACGAAGAUCGAGUUGGAUCAUGUAAAGAUUCAAGAUCCAAAUCCAACUCCGAACUGAACCUGUGAUUCUGAAACUUCGAAGCAUUUUCAUUAUCGCGCGCCCUAGAAGCCGCCAUUGGAAGUCCUUUCCGCGAUGAUUUCAACCCUAAACUUUCGGUCAGAACCUUAAUUUCGUCCAUUUCGUGCGAAUCGGAUUAUAGUCCGAACAGAAAAUGAGUUGCAGAAGAAAUGGAAAUGGCGGAUGCGAUGCAAUGCAAUAAUCAAGUAGCAGAAAUGGAAGAAGAAGCAUAAAAGAUAGUUUAAUAUCCAUCUAUACAUUGUGCAAAACGUCGAAGAGAGAACCAGGCUAAGUAAAUGACUGAAGCUUACCGAUUGACUUCGUCAUGCAGAACUGGUCGCUGCCUUCGUUUCGACUCCGGAACCACCGUCUCGUAGACCAAAUCUUGGCGGCAAUGCUUCAAAACCGCCCUUUCGACACCCACAUCCAUUGUGCAGCCACUACUUCCUCCACCCGCCACCAGCUUUGGAGUUCGGAGUCUGUUUCCGAUGUUCUACGGUCAGUACCUCGUUUAUUUUUUCAAACAACUCGAUCCAUUGGUAUCCAAAAGGGAUUUCGGCAUCGCGCUCCUCUCAAGCAAAGGAAAUUGAAAGAGGAGGCAUACAAGUUUCAGAACAAUGUGCUUGUUCUUGGCCCGGCUGCUCACAGGGAUCCUCUCAAAGUCGAGCUUGGAUUGAAUAAAGCGUUGGAGUUUUUCUAUUGGGUCGAAACCCAUUUUGGAUUUCAACACGACGAAAUGACUUGCCGAGAGAUGGCUUGCGUUUUGGCUCGAGGGAAUAGAUCGAUGCGUCUUUGGAAUUUUUUUAAGGAAAUGUCCAGGAGAGGCAGUGGGCUUAUUACUACUGCGACCAUAACCUGUUUGAUAAAAGUCCUAGGAGAACAGGGAUUAGUGAAUGAAGCGCUUACUGCAUUCUAUAGGAUGAAACAGUUUCACUGUAAGCCUGAUGUUUAUGCUUAUAAUACUGUUAUUAAUGCUCUGUGCAGAAUUGGGAAUUUCAAGAAGGCUAGGUUUUUGUUGGAGCAAAUGGAGUUGCCCGGAUUUAGAUGCCCACCAGACAUUUUCACGUAUACAAUUCUGAUUAGUUCUUAUUGUAAAUACAGCUUGCAAACUGGUUGCAGAAAGGCCAUUCGAAGGAGGCUGUGGGAAGCUAAUCACUUGUUUAGAAUCAUGUUAUUUAAGGGCUUUGUACCUGAUGUUGUUACCUACAAUUGUUUGAUUGAUGGAUGUUGCAAAACAUACCGAAUCGAGCGGGCAUUGGAAUUGUUUGAGGAUAUGAACAAGAGGGGUUGUAUUCCUAAUCGUGUUACGUAUAAUUCUUUUAUCAGAUACUAUAGUGCUGUGAACGAGAUUGAUCAAGCAAUCAAGAUGUUGAGGAUGAUGCAAAAGAUGAACCAUGGAACUGCCACAUCAAGUUCUUAUACUCCUAUUAUUCAUGCUCUAUGUGAAGCAGGAAAGGUAAUUGAGGCCCGUGAUAUCUUCCUCGAGUUGCUCGAGGGAGGCUCUGUGCCUAGAGAAUAUACGUAUCAGUUGGUAUGUAAUCUGCUGAACUCAGCAGGUGAAGCUAGUUUACUAGAUGAAGAAGUGCAUAAAAGAAUAAGACAUGGAAUAGAAAAUAGGUACAGGGAAGUAGAUAAAGUAAAGCUCGUUAUGUCGAGGAAAGGAUACUGAUGCCCGUAAUGAGCAAAGACAAUAGCUGGACCUUUCACAGUGGAUGAAAACAGGGUUUUACGGUCGACUAUCUCCUUAUCCACCUGCGUAGCCGAUCGUGACAAUAUAUAAUUGCACGGGAUUAUUUAGUCUAACAUUUCCAUGAUGAACAGCUCACAGGAAAGCAUCAUUGGCUACAAAGAAUCCUCAUGGGGUUUCUUGCAAGAAUUUUUCUUGGUAAAUACUCAGAGCAUAUAGACUGUUUGACACUCUCGAACGUCGUCAUGUUGUCCUUCUAGUUGUUUUAUUCGCUCUUUUUGCUGCCCGUAAUAGUGGUGAGUUUGACCUUGCAAAUAAGGAAGCCAACAAUGUAAUUGCAUAGGGAUAUCCAAUGGUUCAGACGUUUUCACAGAUAGAACGGAAGGCCCAUCAUGCAACAAGCUUGUUCGGGCCGAAGCUGAUAAGGUUACUGCUGUUAAUUUACAGGUUUUAUUCCUUUUUGCUCAACUUGAAUUCUGCUGUGAUUGUGCAUCAGGUUGGAUAUGUUUGUAGUUUUAGUUGUGUAGUUUACAGUGUAUAACAUAACAUCAAAUCAAACAGAUAGACCAUUUCUAUUAACCUGUUAGGCAUAAGCUGUCACAGAAAUACCGUUGUGCAAAUAUUGGAUACUCUAGGGAUGCUUUCCAACUGUGCUAGUUCAUUUAUGCAUAUUUUUUUAAUUAGACC